AUGCCAGAGAAUCUUACCAUCCUGAUUACAGGCGCUAGCAGAGGUAUUGGCAAGGGCCUUGCAGCAGCGUACCUCGCUGCCCCAGGAAAUACGGUCAUCGCAUCUGUUCGUGAUCCAGUCCAUCCGAAUCUGCAGGCUCUCCGGAACCUUCCCUGUGGUCCAAGGAGCUCCCUGGUCAUCGCACAAAUUGAUAGCGGCAACGAGCGAAGCAUACAGGACGCCAUUCAAAAUUUGCAUGCUCCCAGACUGGACGUGGUGAUAUCCAACGCAGGCGUUAACGAGAGCUUCGACCGCCUGGUCGACACGACCACGUCCAUACUGGACAAACAUAUACACGUUAACGCUUACGGCCCACUCUGGCUGUUCCAGCAGACACUUCCACUUCUGAGUAAAUCAUCCGCACCGAGAUUUGUUGUUGUAUCCAGUGGUGCUGGGUCGACCUCGAUUCUGGAUCAAAUGGAAGAGCAGCCGAUGGGGGCCUAUGGUGCGUCAAAGUCACUGGUCAACCAUUUAAUCAAGCGCCUUUCGGUCGAGGUGAAAGAUGUGAUCAUCUGGCUUGUGAACCCAGGGUGCGUGGAAACCGAUAUGGUGAAGAAUGUUCGCGAACAUAUGCAAAUCCCAGAGUCCAUCACCAUCGAGGAAAGCGUCGCGGGGAUCAUGAAAAUGAUAGGCGAAGCCACUCAGGAAACCAGCGGGCAAUUCCUCGACUACGAUGGGGCGAAUAUGCCCUGGUGA